GGUUGGAAGAUGCCGGAGCUGGGUCGGAGUUGACUGGCUCCAUCAAGGGGGGCUUGUGUGAAGAGAGAAUGAACCUGCUGCUGCUCUUCCUCCUCUUCCAGUGUGCAGGCUCAUCUGCCCUCGUAGCAGUGUCCGAGGCAGUGAGUGGCCCAGUGCGGGGCUCACUGACCGUGCAGUGUCGCUAUGAACCCGGGUGGAGGACCUACAAUAAGUGGUGGUGUCGAGGAGCUGAGUGGAAAGGCUGCCAUAUCCUCGUUCAAACCGAUGGAUCAGAGCGGGACAAGAAGGGUGACCGAGUGUCCAUCAAGGACAAUCACAAAUUGCGCACAUUCACCGUGACCAUGGAGGAGCUCAGGUGGAACGAUGCAGACACUUACUGGUGUGGGAUUGAGAGAUCUGGACCUGACCUUGGGGUUCAAGUUAAAGUGACCAUUGACCCAGCACCAACUACAGUAUCAACCACCACCACCUCAACCACCAUGUCCGCAGCACCAGCAGAGACCAAAGGCCCCCCGACUGUGAGCCACGCCUCCAAUGGCAGUGCUAACUCCAUGAAGCUCAGCAUCCUGAUUCCCCUCAUCUUGGCUGUGUUGCUGCUUCUCCUGGUGACGGCCUCACUCUUGGCUUUGAGAAGGAUGAAGCCGCAGAAGAGAGCUGCUGGGAUAUCCCCAGAGCAGGUGGUCCAGCCCCCAGAGGGGGAGCUCUGUUAUGCAAACCUGGCCCUGGAGCCAACCAGCACCUCCCACAACUCCUCCCAGAAGAAGGCCUGUACAAAGUCCUCCUCCUCUGCCCUGGAUGAUCAGCAGGAAGUGGAAUAUGUCACCAUGGCCGCCCUUCUGAAGGAGGACAUUUCCUACAUGGCUCUGUCUUGGGAGGCUUUGAAUGAGGAGUCAACCUAUUACAACAUGAACUACCAUGUUGCCCACGUUCCCAGCAGGAGCCACGAGGAAUCCACGGAAUACAGCAGCAUUAGGAGAUCUUAGCCUGAGCUCCAGGCUCCCCUCUCAAACCCCACAUGAAGCCUGUGAGCAUGUUCCUGCUCUGUCUGCUUUCUGCCCCCAUUCACUUCACGAGGACCAACCAGGGACUGAAGCCUCGGCCUUGUCUCAGGGGGCUUUCGGGAGGUAGAUAGGGGUCUCUCUACAUCCCUUUUUCUCCCAUACAGCUUAAGAGGGGGUUGGGGAUACGCUCUGGAGUUGCUGAGGGAGUAAUAAUGAUAAUGAUAAUAAUAAUAAUUAACCUUUAUUUAUUGCUUAACAUGUGUGGUGGGCUGAAUAAUGGCCCCCAAAGUUCUCUGCGUCCCAAUCCCCAGAACCUGUGAAUAUGGCAAAAGGAGCCACGUGGAUGUAUGAAGUUGAGGGUUUUGAGAUGGGGAGAGUAUUCUGGAUUCUCCAGGUGGGCCCUAAAUAUAAUCACAAGGGUCCUUGUAAGAAGGAGGCAAGAAGGUCAUAAGAGGAGAAGGCAGCCGAUGACAGAGGCAGAGGUUGGAGUGAUGUGGCCAGAAAAGGCAAGCAAUGGAUUGUCCCCUGGAGCCUCUAGAAGGAGCCAGCCCUGCCAGCACCCUGACUUUAGUCCAGUGAAACAGAUUUUGUCCUGGCCUCCAGAAUUAUAGGAGAAUAAAUUGAUGUUGUGUUAA